UGGCAACGUUUAUCAUUAUCCAAGAUGGCAGCAGCAGGGAAGGGCGCAGCGAAAGAACCUCAGAACGUUGUUCACCAAAAUGCAAUAUUAUGUGAAACUAUCAGAAAAGAGCAAAGACAUUCGAAGAUUUACACGAACUACAGUGUAAAUCCAUUCAAAAAGAUUCAUGUAAUAACAGGCAAACCUAACUCCAUACAUGACUCAGAAGAGGGAGAAGAAGACAGUCAUUUCUUGUCAGUCAUCAACAGAGCCACAUUGGAACCGGUGAAGAAAUACCCCUGUCCUCAGACAGAGUCGCAGGAAUAUGGAUGGAUAUCUAAGGAAUUGCUUGAAAGAGAUCGCACAGACAGGAGACUGUUCUUCCACAAGUCCAACUCUGCCAUCACCAAGUACUAUGACAAAGCAUGGGGCGAGAAGGAACAGAGGGAGAACAUGAACUAGCCACACAACACAUGCAAUUGUAGUUGACAAUAUAGCUAUUUUCUUUUGUAAAUAUACACACAUUAUGUUCUGAACAUUUAUUAGGUCAUUACCAUGUUACAAAUUGAUGAAAUCAGAUUUUUUUUAGAAACUGGUAAUUACAGUCUAGUGAAAUAGAAGCAUGCAAGCUACUUGCUCAUUAGGUUGCAGUUGUGAAAUGAAAUGCGUAAUGUUCUUGAAGUACAAGUUGUAAAUAAUGACAACGCAUUGAUAAUUUAUAGAAGGCAAUUUCUUUGGUACCUCAUUGUAGUUAAGUCCAGUGUUUUUGAUCAUGAACUGGUCCAAAUGCCAGAAUAUUCCUCAUAGUUGAUAUUUUCUGAACCAGUAUGUUAUUUCAGGUACAUAGCCAGUAUGUGUUGUCUCCUUCUACCACGGGGUCAGCACAUGUCUACAGGGUUAUAGCUGUUAUGUCCACUCUGUGUCUUCUCUGUGAGAGAUCUUAAUGUUUAGUGUACUCUUCGACCUAGCUCUAUUUGAAUCUUAUACUUCGAAUUCAGACAAUCAUUUUGGAAGUAUGAAAUACUAAAUGUGACCCAUUUUUCAGUUUUCCUGUAAAUCUUUUACAUUUUAAUAGCUCUCAAGAGCUACAACUUUUCCUUGUUUUUUUUGUUGUUGAAUGAUUAUGUCCUUUAGAUAGUUUGUUAUUAUAUGAAAUGAUUAUUUCCUCUGAACAAUGCCUAAUGUACAUAUGUGUCAGGCAGCAUUCGCCAGCUGUAACAGGUUUGUGUGUAUACUCAUACUGUGUGAAAAGUGUCGAUUGUAUGUCUUGCAUGAAUGCAGAUUUUAGUUCACAUGUAAAGGACUUUUGUCAAACUAAAGAAAUCCAUUUUAUCAGG